UGCUUCAUUUGCUCUCUCCGAUUGAGUGCCAUCUUCUCAAAAUGUUCAAUUUCUUACUAAGGAAAGACGUUCGAAAGAUUCUCAAGCGCAAAGAUAGCGAUGCUGGAGAAAAAGGUUGUGAACCUCCUUGAAAUCCCAGCAAAGCCUUUUCCAAGCCUUUUCAACUUCCAUCAUAUGUGGUCAGGAAGAGCACUGGAAGACUUGAGAGGUUCUCUGUUUAAUGAAUUUCGUUCCUCUGAAGGUGCAAAACGUCAACAACAGCGUACAUGUGGUCCAGCUGCAGCACUUUCCUUCAAUUUUUUUAUUGCAAUUAGUAUUAUCUUCAUAAACAAAAUGGUUCUUCAAACUGUUAAAUUCAAAUUCCCCAUACUUCUCUCACUAAUUCACUAUAUAGUGAGCUGGCUCUUAAUGGCUGUACUAAAUGCAUUUUCUUUACUUCCUGCAUCUCCCUCAAAAUCAACUAAGCUAUCUGCUUUAUUUACUCUUGGAUUUGUUAUGUCUCUAUCUACUGGCCUUGCUAAUGUCAGCUUGAAGUAUAAUAGCAUUGGCUUCUAUCAGAUGGCAAAGAUUGCAGUAACACCUUCAAUAGUUAUGGCAGAAUUUGUAUUGUACAAGAAGAAAGUUUCUUGGCCCAAGGCUUUAGCAUUAACAGUGGUAUCUAUUGGUGUUGCUGUGGCUACAGUGACGGAUUUGCAGUUCCAUUUCUUUGGUGCCUGUGUAGCAUUAGCAUGGAUUGUACCUAGUGCUGUAAACAAAAUCCUCUGGUCCAGACUGCAGCAGCAAGAGAACUGGACAGCUUUGGCGUUGAUGUGGAAAACAACACCUAUUACUUUAAUUUUUCUGGCUGCUAUGUUACCCUGCUUAGACCCUCCUGGUGUACUUUCCUUUGAUUGGAACUUCAUUAACACAUUGGUGAUACUCACAUCAGCCAUUCUUGGAUUUUUGCUUCAGUGGUCUGGUGCUUUAGCACUAGGUGCUACAUCUGCCGUCUCACAUGUUGUUCUUGGGCAGUUUAAGACAUGCAUUAUCCUCCUGGGAAACUAUUAUCUCUUUGGAUCCAAUCCAGGCAUAAUCAGUAUCUGUGGGGCAUUUACAGCUAUUGCUGGUAUGUCCGUUUACACUUACCUUAAUCUGAAGCAGCAAUCAAACAAGAUAUUUCCUCGACAGGCCACCCUUUUACCAAAAUCUAAACUAAGCAAAGAAAAUGGAACUUCCCAAAAUGGACACUACAGUGCUGAAAAUGUCUAACAAAAUUCCUAAUACUGCAUUACAUGAGAUGAUAAUUAACCAAGCAUUUUUCCCUUCUGUGAUUUCUAGAUUCCAAUCUGACCAUUUUGGGUUUUGAUAGUUUAUGUUCAAAUAUAUUAUACUAUUGAAGCCGUACUAGGAUACAAUGGUUCUAUUACACAUAGGCAACUGCUGCUCAAGUUGGAACAUCUAUCUGUAAAUGAAUGAUUUGGUUGAUUCUUAUCCGGAGUUACGAAUUUUUUUUCCGGCCUAUAGAAAGGAGCUACUGUUGCAUUUUGUAAUUUCACAGAAAACAGAAUUACUUUUUUGGUUAUUAUACUCAUCUUAAUUUGCUACAUCUCAUCAUGGGGAAAGAGGGUUCUCAAUUUUAUUUGUAAUAAGAAUGGAAUUAUGCAGUCUUUGUAAUUUGUAGCACCUCAUGAUCAACUUUUCAGAAUAUAUUUUUGGCUCUAGCUAACAAAUCUUGUUAAGGAAUCAAGAAUAGAAAGUUGUUAUAGUAAA